AUGACGUUUACUUGCAGCGUUCAAGAUAUUAAAAUGGCUGCCGUUAGCAAUGGGCGAAGUGCUACGGAUUCUCAAGUGGGUACACAAAAUGCAGUGUUUGAUAGAUUGAAAUUGUUAUAUCCGAUGGUAAAUGAAGAAGAAACACCGUUGCCAAGAUCGUGGAGUCCUAAAGAUAAAUAUAAUUACAUAGGGCUGUCACAAAAUAAUCUUCGAGUGCAUUAUAAAGGUCACGGCAAGACGCACAAAGACGCUGCAAGUGUGAGGGCAACCCACGCCAUACCUGCUGCUUGCGGGCUGUAUUAUUUUGAGGUCAAAAUUGUGAGCAAAGGACGAGAUGGUUAUAUGGGCAUUGGGCUGUCUGCCCAGGGGGUCAACAUGAACAGGUUGCCUGGUUGGGACAAACAUUCGUAUGGUUACCACGGUGAUGAUGGACACUCGUUUUGCUCAUCUGGGACAGGUCAGCCCUAUGGCCCCACUUUCACAACAGGCGAUGUUAUUGGUUGUGGAGUAAACCUCAUAGAAAAUACGUGUUUUUACACCAAAAACGGACAUAAUUUGGGUGUAGCAUUUACGGACCUGCCGCCCAACCUCUACCCAACGGUCGGCCUGCAGACCCCAGGGGAAAUAGUGGACGCCAACUUUGGCCAGUCUCCUUUCGUGUUCGACAUCGAGGACAUGAUGAAGGAGCUGCGCGCCCGCACUCAGACGACGAUCCACCAGCACCCCGUCCCGGACAACCAAGGGGAGUGGCAGGCAACCUUGCACAAGAUGGUUUCAACAUAUUUGGUCCAUCACGGCUACUGUGCCACAGCGGAAGCUUUUUCUCAAGUGACUGACCAGGCUUUCGAAGAAGACAUCACAUCCAUAAAGAACAGGCAAAGGAUCUUGAAACUGGUGUUGGCCGGCCGCAUGGGCGAGGCCAUCGAGAUGACGAGCAGCCUGUACCCGGGCCUCCUGGAGCGCAACCAGAACCUGCUGUUCCUCCUGAAGUGCCGGCAGUUCGUGGAGAUGGUGAACGGCUCGGACUCGGAGGUGUGCCCCCCCCGUUGCCCCCGCGGCCAGGGGCUGUUCUCCCCCGCCCACGCGCCGUCCGGCGGCACUCCCCCGCGACCCACCAGCCCCGCCGUGCAGACGUCCGUCAUCCAGUCGACCAAGAGCUACGCAUCAUCUCCCAACAACGCCAACAACGCCAACAACAACAACAACAGCAGCAGCAGCAGUCGCAGUCGCGGCUCUACCUCCGUGGAGGAGAACAACCUGGCCAACUCGGCGCUGAACGGCGGCGGCGAGGACCGCGGCGGCCAGGGGGCGGCCGUCAUCAGCCCGUUUUUUAAUCUCUACGAGGAGACGGACAUAGAGAUGGAGCUGCCCGACGAAGUGAACGGACACGUUGUGACGUCGGCGAACGGCUACCAGAACGGCAACAGCCACCCGGCAGACAAGGAAGAGUUGGAGGACACGGAAGAAAUGGAGACGGACUCGCCCGCCAGCCGGCGGCAGCUCUGCGGGGGCAGCAAGACGGCGGUGGAGCGCAUGCUGGAGUUUGGCCGUGAGCUCUACAACAUGAGCGUGCACCUGCGGCAGGAACAGGGCAAGAACGAAAACAACAAGAAAAUGCUACAGGAUGCCUUUAGUCUACUGGCCUACUCUAAUCCAUGGAGUAGUCCAGUUGGUUGGCAGCUGGAUCCAGUUCAGAGGGAAACUGUGUGUGCUGUCCUAAAUUCCACUAUACUCGAGUCGAAGAGGCAGCCGCGCCGGCCCCCGCUGGAGGUGGCCCUCGCGCACGCCAAGGAGCUGGUCCAGCUCAUGUCCCGCUCGGGCCUCGGCUCCUGUGCCUUCGCCAGCGUGGAGGACCUGCUGGGCCACUGAUCUCUCCCGCCGUCCGGCCCGGCCGGACACCCCGUCUGCUGAAGAGUGCACUUCCCCGCCCUCCCGGCGCGUCCCGGGACAGGGGCGGCUUCCCCUCUUAGUGGUCACGCCAAGUGUGAGCGGUGGUUAGUUCGCGGGCACGUCCUCGAUGCGGUCUCCGUCUUCAUCUAUCUCUCUCUCUGUAUCUCCUCGUGAACCUGAAUUUUUACCUUGUGUAUCGUGGUAUUGAUUGAUUUUUUUCAAGUAAUAUAAGUUAUUGUUUUAACUAAAAAAAAAAUUUUUUUCUCCUGUUCAUGGUUGCCUAAUUGUGCAUUCAAGAGACCGUGACUCUUUAAUGUUUCCACAGGCAUUGUGAUAGUUGCAUAUUACCCUAUUUUUUUUUCUAACGUUAAAGAGAAUUAAAGUUGUUUGUAUUAAUUUUUGUUUGCAUACAAUUUAUUACAUAUUUAAUGUUGUUGAAAAAAUAAAGAUGCUGUUUUUAACUUCUUCCCGUGAUUAUUUUGCUUUUAUUCCGAUUUUUACGUCCCAGUCUUUUUUUUCUUUCUGAUGUCUGCGUAUGCAAAAAUAUUUUCCUGGAGUAAAAAUUUUACUUGGUAUUUUCUACAUACCUGGUUGUUUGAAGAGGAUGCUGGGAUAAAUGUUAGCACCGUUCGUGAACGACAGUGAGUGGAGUCAUAACAGUUAAAAGCAUUGUUUUGUAGCCAUUAACAAUCGUUAAUAGUCAUGCAUGCUAUUGGUCGUUACUUGAAUGUUCUUGUACCUGAUGAUGUAAUACUGCACCAUCAUAAGCGUUCAACUCUCAUUAAAACCACUUGAUAUUUGACCAUUACUGUGAAGUUUAUAAAUACUGUAUUAUCUGUCUGUACAGCUAAUGAUACAUUAAAUCUUUACAUAGUUUCUAUAGUACAUAUAACUAUUGAUGGUUGCUAGACUUUUAAUUUAUGUUGAAAACAAAAAAAAAAUCUUGUGUUCAAGUUGUGUAGGAAAGGAAAUGAAUAUUCUAGUUUAGCUUGUUACAGUGGGGUCAUGAUUAAAUACUUUGUUGCUUGAUGUCUCGUGUAAACUUACUAGCAUUGAUUGACCCAACAUGGAACAUAUUUGUUGUGUAUAUUUAUUUUCUGAUUAAAGUUCUUUUAUAAUAA